AUUCUGUGGAUUGGUGAAAGAAAUUUUGUCUGAUGCAGUAGGCAGUACUUUGGAGCUAGAAGGAGAAAUAGAUGGAGACACAUUGGAGUAUGAAUAUGAUUAUGAUGAGAAUGGUGACAAAGUAGUUCUAGGGAAAGGUACUUAUGGAAUAGUUUAUGCUGGAAGAGACCUUAGCAAUCAGGUCCGAAUAGCCAUCAAAGAAAUACCUGAGAGAGACAGCAGAUAUUCUCAACCUCUUCAUGAAGAGAUAGCACUGCAUAAAUAUUUAAAGCAUCGGAACAUUGUCCAGUAUCUUGGAUCUGUUUCAGAAGAUGGAUAUAUUAAGAUUUUUAUGGAGCAGGUGCCAGGAGGCAGCCUCUCAGCUCUCCUAAGAUCUAAGUGGGGCCCAAUGAAAGAACCUACAAUUAAAUUUUAUACCAAGCAGAUUCUGGAAGGCCUUAAGUAUCUCCAUGAGAACCAGAUUGUACACAGAGAUAUAAAGGGGGAUAAUGUUUUGGUGAACACCUACAGUGGUGUGGUAAAGAUAUCUGAUUUUGGUACUUCCAAACGACUGGCAGGAAUCAAUCCCUGUACUGAAACAUUUACAGGAACCUUGCAGUACAUGGCUCCAGAAAUCAUCGAUAAAGGACCACGAGGAUACGGUGCCCCAGCCGAUAUCUGGUCACUGGGUUGUACCAUUAUUGAAAUGGCAACAGGCAAACCUCCAUUUCAUGAACUAGGGGAGCCUCAAGCAGCAAUGUUUAAAGUUGGGAUGUUUAAGAUUCAUCCUGAAAUUCCAGAAUCGCUGUCUGCUGAAACAAGGGCCUUUAUUUUGCUCUGUUUUGAACCUGAUCCUAGUAAACGCAUUACAGCAGCUGAUUUGCUCAGAGAUUCCUUCCUGAAACAAGUAAACAAGGGCAAGAAAAGCAGAAUUGCAUUCAAGCCGUCAGAUUACAAUCGGAAUAUGUCCCUCCCACUGCCAAUUCAUGGAGAGCAGGCUGGCAGCAGCAGCAGUGAGCAUGGCUCUGUUUCGCCUGACUCUGAUGUCCAACAUGAGAUGUUUUUCGAAAGGCCAAAGAGAUCCAUUUCAGAGAUUCAGACAAAGCAUCCCAUUUCCCAUUUACUAAGCGUGCCUGAUGAGGGCUCGGCCUCGGAGGACAGGAGCGCCUCUCCUUCCAUUGAGGACAAGGACUCUGGUCUGUUUCUGCUGCGGAAGGACAGUGAGCGCCGAGCGAUCCUGUAUAAAAUCCUUAAGGAAGAGCAGAAUAAAGUUGCUUCCAAUUUGCAGGACUGCCUUGCACAGAGCUCUGAAGAACUGCAACUUUCAGUGGCCCACAUCAAGCAAAUUAUUGGGAUUUUAAGGGACUUCAUACGCUCUCCAGAGCAGAGAGUGAUGGCUUCUACCAUAUCCAAGCUGAAAAUGGAUUUGGACUUUGACAGCACUUCCAUCAACCAGAUUCAUCUGGUGCUGUUUGGAUUUCAGGAUGCAGUGAACAAAGUAUUAAGAAAUCAUUUAAUAAGGCCCCACUGGAUGUUUGCAAUGGACAACAUCAUUCGCCGAGCAGUCCAAGCAGCAGUCACUAUUCUUAUUCCAG